CCUCUCUCUUUUCUGAUUGGUGCAGGGGCUUUCAGAAAGUACAGGAAUGAUAAGCAGGAAGAAGGACGGCUCAAAUAGUCACGCCCACAAGGUGAAUCCCAUCGGCCUUUUCGGUUGCUGAAGUGAAACAUGUUCUUCUUCCCUCAUUGGAUGCCUGGACCAAGAAAUGCCUUCAGGGGAUGCAGCCCAGCAGGUGACGCUUGAGCCCCUCCUGGACUGCAUCUCCCUGGAGAGCCUGCAAGGAACUGGCGGAGGUGGUGAUGGAGAACUACGAGCUGGUCACUUCCCUGGGCUACCCGGUUCUCAAACCUGAUCUCUUGUCUCGGAUUGAGCGUGCUGGAGAGCCAUGCCUCGGUGAUCAGCUGGACUCUGCCAGAGGGAUUCCACAAGACCCCUGUCCAGGUUAUCGGUUUUUCAAACCCGAAGGCUUGUCUUGGAUUGAGCGGUGGGAAGAGCUGGGCAUCGCGGACCGUCAGAAGGUAGAAGAAAGCAAGCUGUGCACUGGCUCCUGCCAAGGAGCAGCUGGACGUAGCAAGGCGAUCAAGGAAGAGGAAGGCGGGCAGAAGGGCUUUGCGGCGAGCCUUGAGCGCUACCAGCUCUUCCCGGACAGCUCCCGAGCAGGGCUGUUCCUGGCCCCCAACGCCGCCCAGCUGCGCGCCCCGCCCCGCGUCAAGAAGGAAGAGGUGGCCUCCUGCGAGCCAAGCCUGUGUGGUCCCGGCCGCCCGUCCCAGGGGCUGGGGUCGGGGCCCUUUGCCUGCGUGGUGUGUGGGAAGUGCUUCCGGCAGAAGCAGGGCCUCAUAACGCAUGGGCGCAUCCACACCGGCGAGAAGCCCUACCCCUGCCUGGAGUGCGGGAAGCGCUUCCGCCAGCGCCCCAACCUGCUGACCCACCAGCGGGUGCACACGGGCGAGCGCCCCUUCCCUUGCCUGCGCUGCGGGAAGCGCUUCAGCCAGAAGGCCAACCUGGCGGCCCACCAGCGCACCCACGCCGUCCAGGAAGGGCUCAUUGCGCCCGAGCCCAAGGCUCCCGUGCAGCGCGGGAACCGCCACGCCGAGAAGCCCUUCCCCUGCAACGUCUGCGGGAAAAGCUUCAGCCAGCGGCCCAACCUCAUCACCCACCAGCGCAUCCACACCGGCGAGAAGCCCUUCGCCUGCACCGAGUGCGGGAAGCGCUUCAACCAGCGGGCCAACCUCAUCACCCACCGGCGCAUCCACUCCGGGGAGCGGCCCUUCCCUUGCGCCACCUGCGGCCGGCGCUUCAGCCAGAAGGGCAACCUCGCAGCACACCAACGCACCCACUCGCAGCAGCGCCCCCACGCCUGCACCUGCUGCCCCAAGCGCUUCAAGGGCGAGUCGGCGCUGCGCGCACACCAGAGAACCCACCGGCAGGUCUUGGGGGCAGACCCUCUGCCCGGCACCCUCCUGGCCGCUCCCAGCCUCCAGCAAGCUCUCCCUGGGGACCCCGCCUCGGUCGCUCAGCGGGCAACACCAGCCCCCCACCAGGAUCUGGCUGGAGAUGCUGCCGCUGGCAUCCACCGGCCGGCCACCUCUGGGCCACACGGUGCCCCUCACGGGCAGAGCCUGCCUGGCGACCCUCCUCCUGCCCCACAUGCAGCAGGGCCCCCCGGGCACCUCCAGGGAGUGGCGCCAGGCUCUGAACCGGGCCCCAAGCUGAGCGCCCCCCUGCCAGGAAUGGAUCCUCACGCGGAGAUGCUUCAUUGCCAACGCCGACUGAGCCUGCCGGGGCUGCCCACCUCCAGCACGCCCCUCGUGCCCCCCAUGGGGCAGGUCCAGCCGGUCACUGCCAAGCAGAAGAGCCUCCCUGGGCCCCGGUCCGCUGCGGCCGAGGUGCCCAGCGAGAUGCUGCAUUGCCUCUGCCACGCCAGCAGGGCCUCUCUGGUCAUCCCUCACCCCCCGCAUCUGGGGCAGCUGCAGGCGGGGAGCAGAGACACCCCCGGUCGGGCCUGGCUGGGCAUCCCCUGCCCCCCCCGGGCCCUUCAGCUCCAGCAGGGGAGCCAGGGCCACCCGGCCGCCCCCAACCCCAGACUGUGCUCCAUCCCAGACUCCUUGCGAUAGCUUCCCCCAGCA